ACGGAAAACAUGAACUCCAUAAUGACGAUUGAAGUCGAGUAGUAUAAGAACGAUUGACGCGUCAAUCUUAGAACUUUUGACUCUACAAUUCUCAAUUACACUUAGCGCAAACAAUUUCACUAAAAUGCCUCUUACAGUUCAUCAUCUCCAAGUCUCCCAGUCAGAGCGCAUCCCCUGGCUCUGCGAAGAACUUGGCAUUGACUAUGAUCUCAAACAAUACAAACGCUCUCCCCUCCUCGCACCCGCCGACUUCAAGGCCCUUCACCCCAUGGGCGCCGCUCCCGUCAUAACAGACGGCUCAACAACCCUCGCCGAAAGCUGCGCAUGCAUCGAAUACAUCAGCCACAAAUACGCCAAGGGCUCCCUCUUCCUGCCCCCAAGCCACCCAGCAUAUGCUGAUUUUCUGUACUGGUGGCACUACGUCGACGGAACUCUUCAAACAGCAUUAGGUCGAAUCAUGUUGAUCCGCUCUGCUAAGCUCAGCGAUGAUAAUCCUGUCGUGCAGUUUGGAAAAGUCAAGUCGAGACAGGCGCUGAAGUUGUUGGAUGAGCGUGUUAAGAAUAAUGAGUGGCUUGCGGGAGAGGAGUUUACGGCUGCUGAUAUCAUGGUCAUGUUUCCGCUUACGACGAUGAGAUACUUUUCGCCGUAUAGUCUGGAGGAGUAUCCUAAUAUUUUGAAGUAUCUUGAAAGGAUUGCGGGGAGGGAGGGCUUCAAGAAGACGAUGGAAAAGAUCGAUAACAGUAUGGAGCUAUCUAUGGGUGCCAGCCCGCCUCAGAGUCCUUUCAAGCUGUAAAUUUGGGGGUUUCAAGCAUAAGAUGGUAUAGGGUAUAGAACACGUGGAGUGCAGAACAGGAUUGUAUAAAGGUCUAGACUUUCUCUCAAUCAACUAUCAGCCCUACUCUCA